GGUGGUUCACGCGAAGCCAGCAAUUCGGCACCUCAUCAAGCCGCGGGAUUCCAACCUUACCACUGAUGACGUGGCCGUGAGCGUGCACGACGUAGUCGGGUACGACAGGCCAGGCGGCUCCACUGAGCUUCUCGCGGCGUUGUCUGGCGCACGGUUUGGGGAUGCUGCCGCGCCGCUGGAUGGCGACGCCGACGCCGACGUCGCGAUUGGCGUCGGGUCGACGCGGUUGCUCCACAGGUGUCAUUUGGAGGCGCUCCCGCGCUUGCACCUUGACCUCCUCGAGUGGCAGCCGGAGGGGCAGCUCUUCUACCAGCCGAAGCGGUGGCCAGCGGACGUGCCCAGGGAGGAGUACGGGCUCGCGCCCGAAAUCAUCACGGACAUGCCAUCCCGCGCGCUUGAGAUCCUGGAACAGGCUGGCCUCGUGGAUCGGCGUGCGGCGGGCGAUGCGGGCGACGAGCUCGUCUGCUGGAACGCGAGCCUCGCUUGCAUGCGGGACAUCGCUGCCUUUGAGAAGCUCCGGCAGCCAGCGCCAGCCCUGAGAUCCAGGAUCGGCGUGCAGGACAAGGACGCAUUUGAAUUGCUCCUGGACUUGCAAGCGGCGGGCUGGACAGGCAAGUUGCUGCCGCACGGGAAUGGGAAGAAGGCCGAGACGCCGCAGCCAUAUGACCCGAACAGUGCUGCUAGCGAGAAGAACUGGUACUUCCAGGCCGCCAAGAAUACCAUUUCCAUCAAUUACUUGCGCUGCUUGCUUGCGGGCAAGUCGGUCGUCGCCCACGCGUUGGCCGACAGGGACUACGCCGUGUUGUUGGGCACCGCCCGUCCUAUGCGCCUGGCCAUCCAGGACGACGCUGGGUGCCCGCGCCCGAGGGCGCCGAAACGGCAGCGGAAGGCUGCCGCGCCGCUGCCCCUCGAGGACCACGGGGCCCAAAUGGGCGCGUUGUUGCUCAGUGGUCCGAUCGAUCCACCCGCCUUCCCCGCGAG